CAUUUAACCCCCCAUCCCUUCCUCUCUGCCUCCUAUCUUUCCCUUUGUCUCUCCUCCUUCUCCAUCUUCAUCAUCACCAUUAUUAUCCUAUCUCUCUCUACAACUUCUUCCCCCAGCUGGGUUUUCAUCUUCAAUCAUGAAGUUCAUCAAAAUUAGCUCCAAAAAUCUCAGUCCGAAACGCCUUUUCCCGUCUAAGAAGGACCGGUCCGCCGUAUCUCUCUCCGAACCGCCGUCGUCCGGGUCCGAAACGGCGUCUGCCUCGUCAUCCUCUUCCUCAUACACAAUCCACAAGCCCGGGGCCGGCGCCGGCGGUGUAACCACGCCCACCAGCGUUUUGCCCGAAAGAUCGGGUGAGUGGUCCGAGUUUUCGGCUGAUCUGCAGCUCGACAUGGCGCAACCGUUUAAACUUAUAGACCGAGACAACGAUGGAGUGGUGUCGAGGAAAGAACUCGAGGCUCUUCUGUGCCGGCUCGGUAACGACCCGCAGAGUCGAGAGGAGGUGACGUUGAUGCUAAGCGAGGUGGACCGAGACGGUAACGGUUCAAUCAGCCUCGAGGCUGUGUUGAACCAGGUCGGGCCGGUUUCCGGUCCAGCUGCCGACUCGGAACUGCGGGAUGCGUUUGAAGUGUUUGACACGGAUAACGAUGGAAAAAUAUCGGCGGAGGAGCUUUUGAGCUUUUUCAGGGCAAUCGGCGACGAAGGGUGCACGUUAGAGGAGUGCGGGCGCAUGAUAGCAGGGGUUGAUAAGAACGGGGAUGGAUUCGUGUGCUUUGAGGAUUUUGCUCAUAUGAUGGAGCUUCAGAGAUGAAGACGAUCCUGAUGUUUUAGGCCUUUUGAUUUUCUUUUUGUUAAUUUCGAUCGGGAUAAUGGAUGUAUGGUUUUUAACGGUAUCUUGAAAAUAUUGAAAUGAUCAGAGGAUCUGACGGCUUGGAUUAAUCAAUCUCAAACCACAUUUGUUCUCUUA